GCUCCGCUAAAUCUGUCCGUGUUGGCCUUGGUCUUUACCCCUGAGUCUGUUGAAAAUGUCGGGACGGGUUCUGGUCGGAGUCAAGCGGGUCAUCGACUACGCCGUCAAGAUCCGGGUGAAGCCAGACAAGACGGGCGUGGUGACAGAUGGCGUAAAGCACUCGAUGAACCCCUUCUGUGAGAUCGCAGUGGAGGAAGCGGUGCGCCUCAAAGAGAAGAAACUCAUGAAGGAAGUGAUAGCAGUGAGCUGCGGGCCACAGCAAUGCCAGGAAACCAUCCGCACAGCUCUGGCUAUGGGAGCAGACAGAGGGAUCCACGUUGAGGUUUCGGGGAAGGACUACGAGAACUUAGGCCCACUGCAGGUCUCCAAGAUCAUGGCGGCCCUGGCCAAGAAAGAGGAGGCCAGUCUAGUCAUCGUGGGGAAGCAGGCUAUUGAUGGUGAUUGUAAUCAAACCGGACAGAUGACCGCAGCCCUGCUUGACUGGCCACAGGGUACCUUUGCAUCACAGGUGUCUGUGGAGGGGGAUGGCCUGAAGGUGGAGAGAGAAAUCGACGGCGGUCUGGAGAGCAUCAGGAUUAAGAUGCCUGCAGUGGUGACCGCUGACCUGCGGCUGAACGAGCCUCGCUACGCCACGCUGCCCAACAUCAUGAAAGCUAAGAAGAAAAAGAUAGCCAGUGUGAAGCCUGCAGACCUGGGAGUGGAGCUGACCUCUCGACUGGAGAUCCUGGCAGUGGAGGAUCCCCCUCAGAGACAGUCGGGGGUCAAGGUGGAGUCAGUGCAGGACUUAGUCACCAAACUCAGGGAUUCAGGCACCUUGUAGAGGAACGUCCUUUCGCCUCGCCAUUCACACAGGGUUUUUUCCUCCCUCAGAAUUGAACUGGGAGUGCUGUGUUGUAGACGAGGGACCUGUUUGUCAAGCCAGUUCGCUGUGAUCGCUGCUGGACUGGACUGAAGCUCGCCACCUUGCUGGUCUGAACAACAAAAGGAGGCUGAGACGACACGUGGCCCGCUUAGUUCACCCAAGCGCCUAAUUCUACUUUGAUUGUUUUUGGAGUAAGGUACAAUAUGUACAAAGUAAAUAAACUAGCUUGUAGUUUUCAAA